GUUGGUAGAGACGGGUGCUCAGAGGAUUGUGAGAAGAAUUACUAAAUGAAGUUUAUACCAGUGCUGCUACUCGGCCUCCAUCUUGCAUUUGGAAUACCAGCUUUGCUUGAUACAAUACAGGAGCUGUACUUGCAGCAGGGUAUUCCAUUCAGAGAAAAUGCCUUCUUGGACAACCUCCCCAUCCUUCCGGAGUACGACUUCAUCAUCGUUGGAUCAGGUCCAGCUGGAUCCAGCAUAGCGAACCGCUUAACGGAGGUUCCCCAAUGGAACGUUUUGUUGUUGGAAACUGGUCUCGAGGGAAACAUAUACGACGACAUUCCGUUUUUCAACGAAUUCACUGUGCUUGGAAACUUCUCGGUGAAUUAUGAUGUCGAAAGGAUAGAAACUGCGUGCUUGGGAUUAGUGGAUGGGAUAUGCCAUUGGCCUUCUGGGAACGGCGUUGGUGGAGCCACCUUACUGAAUGCGAUGAUAAACACCAGAGGCCUCCCACGUGACUAUGACGAGUGGGCGCAAAAAGGAAACCCAGGAUGGUCAUACGAAGAACUCUUGCCUUAUUUCCGAAAAAUAGAAAACAUGUCAAUACCAGAAUUCGCGGCAUCACCUUAUCACUCAACAACUGGUCCAGUUCAUAUUCAAUAUCCGUUUUCAACUGAAAUUGGAAGACGAUUUUUGAUUGCUGGUCAACAAUUGGGUUACGACAUCAUUGACUACAACGACCCAAACACACAGGUUGGAUUCGCCAGAACUCAAGCAACUAUUAACGGUGUUAAACGACACAGUGCCGCAUCUGCUUACCUCCUUCCGGUCAAAUCUCGUCCAAACCUCCAUGUAGUCAAAAAUGCUUUCGCUACCAAAAUACUCACGAAUCUAGAAACAAGAAGAGUAUACGGCGUUGAAUUUAUAAAAGAUGAUAAACAUAGAACUGUACUAGCGAAAAACGAAGUAAUUGUUUCAGGGGGAGCUUUCGGAUCUCCAAAACUGCUAAUGUUGUCUGGUAUUGGGCCAGCUCAACAUUUGCUUGAAAUAGGCAUACCGCUUGUAGCAGAUCUGCCGGUAGGACAUAACCUUCAGGAACAUCCAGGAACACUCAUAACCUUCCUGAUCGACACUCCAGACAGCGUUGUGCUUCAGAGAUUAUUGAGCGGUUUAAUGACGGAUUUUCUUCAAUGGAUCAACGGAGAACAAGGAUUGUACGCAAAUAAUAUAGCGGAGGCAUUGGGCUAUGUCCAGACAAAGUACGCCACAGACGAGCGACCUGAUAUCGAGUUGAUAAAUUUUGCAGCUACUGUUGCAGGAGACGCAGGAAUGUUUUUUCGCCGAAGCAGAAACAUUUCCAGAGAGGUUUUCGACAAAACAUUUGGACCGAUACUGCAGGCCCAUGGAUUCACCAUCGCGCCGAUGUUGAUGUACCCUAAAAGCAGAGGAUAUGUCAAACUGCGAAGUUCGAAUCCUCGCGAUCCGCUCAUCAUAGAUGGAAAUUUCUUCAGUGAUCCGUACGAUGCGGCGGCGUUAAUUGAAGGGAUCAGAGCAGCGAUUAAAGUAGGUGAGACUGCAGCUUUCCGAGAGAUAGGGACGAGGCUCUACACGAAUCCAGUCCACGGCUGCGAACAGUUCGUGUUCAACAGCGAUGAUUACUGGGACUGCGUGGCGAGGUCGCUGACUGUACAGUUCCACCAUCAGAGCGGGACCUGCCGGAUGGGUCCGGACCCCUCUUCGUCGGUGGUCGACCCGCGGCUGAGGGUCCACGGGCUGCAAGGUCUUCGGGUGGCAGAUGCCUCCAUCAUGCCGAAGCUGCCAGGAAUUCACACGAUGACACCGUGCUACAUGAUAGGGGAAAAGGCGGCGGAUUUAAUUAAAGAAGACUGGGGUGUUCUAUCAACAAAAAAAGAAUUUUUGGUGGAUUUCUAAUAAUAUAACGUUUAUUAUUAUCAUAGACAUACAUAUCUCCAUCCAUAUAAGUCCCGUCAACUCCUAGUUUACUCCCUUGUGUUCCCUCACUUCGACUAUGGCUGUAUGGCGUACGGUGGACUCUCGGGAGAUUCCGAGGCCAAACUUAAACGCCUAAUGAAUAGCGCACUACGAUUUGUUUUCGGAAUCUCAAGAGAUAGGCAUAUAACCAGUAUUACACCAAGUUGAAGUGGCUCUAUCCAUCCUUGCCACCUUUCUGUACCAAAUCAUUAGAACUCAUCGACCCUCCUAUAUUUUUCACAGCUUACAAUUCAAAUACUCCAUCCAAUCCCGUCCCACUAGACCUCUAUCCUCCUCCUCACCGAACUGCUGCACUUGACAAAUCCUUUGCAAUACAAGCCGCCUCCCUCUGGAAUUCCAUCCCUGCCGAUAGUUUUCUCUUUCAAAUCACUCCUCUUUAAACACCUACUCCUUUCUCAAUCCGACUGAUUGUUAAAUAUACUUAAGAGAAAUAUCUAAGCACCCCCAGAGACUACCUCAAUUUAUUUAGGUUAUUUUAGUUUCUCAUAUAUAUGUACAAUUUUCUUGUUCUUUUCUUUCUCUUCUUCAGUAUUUUUAUUUUUAGUCAACUCUUAUUGUAAAUAUAUAAUCUAAUUGUAACCACACAGACAUACAACCUGUAUUUAUAAUUUGUUCUAAAGGGACAACAGUCCCAGAAUAAUAAAAUAUUUUUUCAUUUCAUCAAUAUAUAUAUAUAUAUAUAUAUAUAUAUAUAUAUAUAUAUAUAUAUACACAGAAUUACCCAUACCUCCCAAAGUCAAAGGCUCACAUCUUCCCUCCAUAGGUAUUUUAGGUACUUGUGACUCAGCCAUUGUCUAUAAUCUGAACACUGAUAAAUCUGAUAUCGAUAAUACUUAUCUUGGUGUUCAUAUUUAUGGAAAUUGAAAUAAACAAAAAGCAAUGUAAUAAUAACAAAACACCCUUUGGAAUUAUCUUGAACUUCUGAAAAUAUUUGGCAGCUUCUUCUUCUAAAGUCGGCAAUUCCUUACGUGCAAUUAUAUCCAUUUGAACAGAUGAUAACAAAAAAUAAACAAAACUGAAAACAAUUGAAUAACACACAAGUAAAGGAAAGAUAAGGUUCCAUGGCGACCAGCUAAAUCACUAAGCAUGUCCUGCAAUCUGUUCCAUGCUUCUCCUUGUCUUUUCAUUUGAAACUUUUCAUUCUGAAAAUUCGUGAUCUCUUGGAAACGUGCCCCUCUCAAAAAUCCAAACCCAGUCAAAAUAUACCAUUUUUGACAACCCACAUUAUUGUGCCAUGAAACCCCCUUCUGGGCACUCUUGUAUAUAUAUAUAUAUAUA